UAUGACAGAUGGUUGGACAAACAUCCGUGGUUAGACAUUGUGCAACUACCUUGUCGGUACAAAGAGGGGACCCGCAUAUCUUGCCACUGAUGUCAUGCGGGGGAAGAAGGAUGCGGCAGCAUUGGCAAAGGCAUGGUUGCACAGGCUGAAGACCCUCGAUAUCCAGCUCAACGACAUCACGACAUUCGUCACGGAUUCCGCGGGUGUGAACGUGUCCGCCAUGCAGAUAUUCGAAGAAGACGAAAGCGUCAAACACAUUUUCUGGAUUCCGUGCGUGGCACAUGUUAUGGACCUUAUCCUGGAGGACAUCGGGUCGAUUGGUUGGGUGGCAUCACCCAUUGCUCAGGCACGGCUCGUUACCAAGUUUUUCAAUCGCCACAAUCACACACGUGAGGCUUUGGAGACGAAGACGAAAUUGAAGUUGUUGCUGCCCACAAAGACACGUUUCAGCACCAACGUCAUCAUGAUGAGGAGAUUGUUGGAUAAGCAGACCCAUCUCAUGCAGGUUGUUACCGAGGACCCGUGGCGCAACACUGUUUGGGCCACGCGGAAGGUCGGCCAGGAUGUCGCCGAGAUCACAGCAUGUGCGGGGUCUCCUCCAUGGCGGGAGGAUUUGAGGCGAUUGUGUAGGUUCAUGAACCCAGUGAUGGACAUGCUGCAGAUGCUGGACAGUAACAUACGGCAGAUCAGCAAGGUUCUGCGUCGGUAUGAGAUAAUGAUCGCAUCCUGUCUUACCCCGUGCGACUCCCUCACCACGUCAAAGCAGGAUGAGAUCCUUGAGGUUUUCGACGGGCGGCGCACCAUGUUCCGUACUCCGGCGCACAUAGCGGCCAUGAUGCUGGAUCUUGAGGUUCGGAACACCACCCUGCCGGACGACGAUGUGAUGCAGCAGGGGUUGGUUGCCGCUUUGGUUCAGUUUGACUACCCCGAGCGAUCUCCGCAGCACAUCGAGGUGCUCACUGCGAUCGACAAGUUUCAUGCAAGGGAGAGACCUUUCGAUAAUGCUACGAUGGAUAGAGCGAUGAGGAGCUACGAGCACCCGCGUGAUGAGGCGGAGGUCGACCUUGUUCGUUUCCCUCGACAGCAUUGGGACGGGGGAGAUUUUUUGUAUCACAUCUCCAAUAGUGACGACGAGGAUUUCUUCUGUACCGUCAUGUCGGGAGCCGAAGACGACGACGGCAGGCCGGACGACGACCGUUCCGAUGAUGACGACGGUGAUGAUGGAGCGGGCGACGGUCGUGGUCCUCGAUCGCUGAGACGGGGUAAUGGCACUGGUGGAAGAGUUGUUGUUGCACCACGAGAUGCAGUAGGUGAUGGUGGAGGAUUAGACGUUGUCGACGGUGGAGGCGGCGCACAGGAAGAGGACACCGAAGCAUCGCUGAAGGAUACGUGUACGGACGUGGCUAUGGACGUCGAGCAGCAUGCGGGCGUGCACGUUAUCGACAGCAUCACGACGGAGGCAGCAGGAGUGGACACGCUAGUCCCCCGCAUGGCUCGAGACCUCGCCUCAUACGCUUGCGGCACGGGCCGAAGAGGACGCAUUCGAUUGUCGAUCGUGGUGCGUCAUUGGGUGGACUUGGAGAGGAUCCUUGUGUGGGAGCACCAUCGACGACCACGGGUGGAGAGGGUCGAUCAGGACAACCUCCGACCAGUGCGGGCCACGCAGAGCCUACGAACAUCGUGUUUUUGCGACCGGGGGAUAGCAGCACUAGUCGAUGGCAGAACCGCGACAGGGAGGAGCGCAUGCGGUAUGACAGAUGUGCCAUUUGGAACACGUUCCAUCGGCGCUGUCGACAGUCGUUGCCAUGGAACGAUGCGCGAGUACGAGGACCAGCAUGGCAGACGGCUGGCCACGAAGACAUCAGAUGUUGCCUUCACCAGGGUGGUGAAGGCUUGUAUGUUGCAAGCAAGGAAUAAGGGCGGACACGGGAAGUCUUCACAGCAUUGGAUUCGUCGUGGCACCGCACCCAGGGAGUCGGUGCAUGGUCACACUCAGGACGAGGAGGUUGUUGCACAUGGUGGUGGACUGGAGGACAGACAGCCAGGUGACGGAGGUGGUUCACGCAGAUUGUCACGUGUGCAUGACGGCUCCGGCACCGCAGCGGACGAGCGACGCAACCAUGCCGAGGGGGCUGGUCGUGGGGAGAAGAGACGAGGUGUUUUCACCAUUGUACACGAUGACAGUUCUGACAACCCGACUGGCGAGUUGGCGGGGGUCGACGACCCGGGUGACUCCGAUUAUAGACCGGAUGAAUCUCGACCUGCACGCCUGGCGUAUGGAUCUCGACCUGCACGCAUGGCGCAUGGAUCUCGACCAGCACGCAUGGCGGAUGGAUCUGAUCCUGGAGGACGUCGACUCAGAUGCAACGCAACACUCGAUGCACAAGGACAUCUAACUCCUUCGACUCUAGAACCAUUCUUCCAUUGUGGCAUUGUCUACUAUUGAGUGCAUUCGUUCUUGUUCAAAUCACACUAUGAGUUGUUCUUGACUUUGUUUUAUGUUAGUAAUCCGUAGGGAACCCAUUGAUGCGGAAACUGCGGUGGUAUCAUUGGUAUGACUCAUGCACAUGUUUGAUGUUAGUGAUAAAUUGAUAAUGAAGAACCUAUUGAUGC